GUACCCAUUUACGUACUUCUGUAUGGCGUGUUUGGAAUUUGUGCAGGUCUGUGGACGUUUGGCGAUCGAGUGAUAGCAACGGUCGGCAAGAAAGUUUCACAUAUAAGCCCCACAAGUGGCUUCACAAUCGAAUUUGGAGCUGCAGUGACGUCAAUGCUGGCUAGUCGCCUUGGUUUACCCAUCAGCACUACUCACUGCUUG